CGUCACUUCCUCUUUCCUCUCUCUGGCUUCCAUCUUGGUCCCGCAUGUGUCUGCUGUUAGUUUACAGAUGAAAGAAUCAAUUAUGAAUCAAGAGAAACUUGCUAAACUACAAGCGCAAGUGCGCAUCGGCGGAAAGGGAAGUGCUCGCAGAAAGAAGAAGGUCGUACACAGAACAGCAACCGCAGACGACAAGAAGCUCCAGUUCUCCUUAAAGAAACUUGGUGUAAACAACAUCUCCGGUAUCGAAGAGGUUAACAUGUUCACAAAUCAAGGAACGGUCAUCCACUUCAACAACCCCAAAGUGCAGGCCUCUCUGGCAGCCAACACGUUCACCAUCACUGGCCACGCUGAGACCAAGCAGCUGACUGAGAUGCUCCCUGGCAUCCUGAACCAGCUGGGGGCCGACAGCCUGACGAGCCUGAGGAGACUCGCCGAGGCCCUACCCAAACAGGCUGCAGAUGGAAAAGCACCGAUUGCUGCUGUGGAAGAGGAAGAUGAUGAUGUUCCAGAUCUGGUUGAGAACUUCGAUGAAGCGUCCAAGGAUGAGGCCAACUAGAGGAAACGGAUGUCAGAACACGACAGGACCACGUGGGGCACAAAAUGUUAUAAAAUAUAUCUGAAGGAGUGGAAAGUUAAAAUUAAAAAUCUAAGGACAACUGACAACUUUUUCUGUAAUAUGUGCAACACCUGAGUAAAUUACUUGCAUGCUCAAAUUAUUUUUUAGUAAUUUAGUCGAAGUGGGUCUGAAAAGGGGGUUGCUGCAGUAUGUAGGUGUACUUGAAGUCACCCCACCUGUUUGUCACCAGGUGUGCAGAUGCUUGUUGUGCUCUUUGUGCCGUUAGUAAGAGAUUGUGUAAAGUGUGGUGUUCAGUGCUCCUGCUGUACAUCUUCUGUUACUGAACCUGAACUCUGUGGCCUCUAAGACCUCUUAUAUCUGGAAUAAACCUUUGCUACUGUCUACAAAUAA